AUGGUUACAGAGGUGCUCGCUGUUACAUACGAUGUGCACACAAUUGUGCAAAAUGCGAAAGACAUAGUGAUGCAGAUUAUUGUACUGCGUGCUAUGAUGGCUAUUACCCCGGCUCUGCUAGAGACCACACAUCAAAAUGUUUACCCGGAUGUAAAACAUGCACAACAGGAACCAAGUGUACAUCAUAUUACGAUACCAGUAAUUUAUGCAAUUGGUUAUGUCCGGGCAAACUCAAUCUAUUCCUCAGAGCAGUCAGCUGUUAUAUUACUUGGAACAAUUCUUGCCUUGUCAGUACUUGGUAACAUUAUAUUUGUGGUUACGUUGAUUCUCAGGAAAUAUCGGAAAAAUUUCAUUUCACAUUUCUUUUUGAUAUUUUUCCGGAAGUUUGAAGGAAGUUUGAUUUUAUUUAUAACAGAGGUUGAUGAAAUCUGUAAAGUAGAUUGUGCAUGCUGUUUAGAUGGAAUAUGUGGACCAGGGCAAUAUUUUUCGAACGAAUGUACCCUAGGCUGCAUAGAUGGUUAUAUAGGUGCUCGCUGCUACACACGAUGUACACACAACUGUACAAAAUGCUCUUAUGAUAGUGAUGCGUGUACUGCGUGUUAUGAUGGCUUUUAUCCCGGCUCUGCUGGAGACUGCAAAUCAAAGUGUUUACCCGGAUGUAAAACAUGCACGUCAGGAACCGCGUGUACAUCGUACAAGAAGGGAUAUAAUAACGACAAUGGUCGAAAUGAUUGUAGUAAUCGCAACUGUCCUGAAAAUUGUAAUUGUGAUUAUGGUCAGUGUAAAUCAUGUAAGAACGGAUAUUAUGAUAUCAAUAAUUUAUGUAAUAGUUUAUGUCCAAUUGGCUGUGCCACGUGUUCGUCGAAUACCAGUUGUGGAUCGUGUAAGGAUGGUUUUUAUAAAGGUCACCAGUACGACAACAUUAAUUUUCCUUUGUUGAAUGGCUGUACACACCAAUGUCGAGAUAACUGUGUACGAUGUUCAUCCUAUGACAGUUGCUCGGUUUGCAAAACUGGUUUUUAUGGGUCACACUGUGACAACAUUUGUUCAGCUAGCUGUAUAUCAAACACGUGCGAUAUACUAACUGGAAACUGUGCAUGUUUCCCUAAUUUUGCUGGAGUAAGAUGUGAUCAAUGUAAAACCGGAAAGUAUGGAAGGAUGUGCAAUCAACUUUGUGCUGCAGGGUGUAAAGGUAACGUGUGUAAAAAAGAUUCCGGAGAUUGUACAGACGGAUGUAGUAUGGACACGAUCGUUGGUGUUAAAUGUGAAAAUUGUUCAACUGGCUGGUAUGGACUGUACUGUAACAUAUCUUGUUCUGUUGGCUGUAAAAGUCGGCAAUGCGAGAAAAGUAAUGGUGAAAGCUCCUAUGGAUGUUUUGAUAAUUUUGUAGGAGGACUGUGCAAUCAGUGCAUACCUGGCAAGUAUGGAGAUAUUUGCAACAGUCACUGUCCAGCCAAUUGUGACAGGAGAGGUUGUUUGAAAGACUCUGGCAAUUGUAUUGUUUGCAAUGAUAACUUUGCUGGGGGGGAAAUUAAACGUGAUCAAUGAGUAUUGGUGCCCUCAAUGUCUAUUAGCAAAAUCGCAUAUCAGAUGAAAAAAAUGUAAUAUGUUUGAUAUGCUAAUACGAUGAUGUUAUUAUUUAACUGUCGAUUAUUUAUUAUUUAAUUAUUUAUCAUUGUUUAUUUGAUAUUUUUCAGUUUUAAUGUCAUGUGCUUGUUGUCUUUAAUUUCUUGUACAUCUUUGGGAAGUCACGGUGUAUAAUUUUGUUGGUUUAUGAAAAGCAAUAGUUUUCUAGUUUUAUCACAUAAACUUGUUUUAAUCAUAUAUGUAUACAGUAUAUAUUCUAGCAUUGUGAUAUUAUUUCUUUCAUCUCUUAUAACUCCAUAUUUGGGGCAUUGUACAUUUAUACUGUAAACCUUUAUCGUUUUGUAUAUAAUGUAUGUACAAUGAUAAGA